AUGAUUACGAAAAGACAACUUGAGAACGCAACAUGCGUUUUAGAUCCUUCACAUUUCCGAUACCCUCUAUUUACAGUGACUUACAGUGUGGUGCUGGUCCUCGGCUUGCCGUUGAAUGCUGUGUCCUUGUGGUGCCUCUUCAGGAGAUUGAAGCUUCAGUCUGUUCCAGUCGUUUACAUGACCAACCUGGCCAUCUCGGACCUGCUCUUUGUCCUUUCUCUGCCUCUGAGGAUUUACUACUUCAGCACAGCGACCUGGCCUUUUGGACAAAUCCUCUGUAUGGUACCAGGUACUCUGUUCUCCGUGAACAUUUACUCCAGCUCUUUGUUCAUUACUCUGAUCAGUGUGGAUCGCUUCUUGGCUGUUGUUUACCCUCUCAGGUCACGGGCGAUUCGCACUACCAAGUUUGCAGCAAUAGCUUGUGGAUCAGUUUGGGUUUUCAUCUUGGGGCUCAGCAUCCCCGUUGCUCUGAACCACUCGACGAGCUAUGACACGUGCCACAACAUCACCCGCUGUUUUGAAAGCUUUUCUCCCAACAGCUGGUAUUUUGGUUUCAUUAUUCUCUGUCUCAUCACAGGAGUGGGGAUUCUUAUACCGUUCGUUAUCAUCGCAAGCUCGACACUUGUGGUGAUAUGGAAAAUCAGAAAUGAAACACACUGCUCAAUGCCUGACAACAAAAAAAAGAUCACCAGGAUGUUUAUAGCAAAUCUGCUCAUGUAUGCCUUUUGCUUCAUCCCAUUUCAUGCUGCAUUCAUUCUUUAUGGUUUGUACAAACUGGACAUCAUUGCAUAUAACUUUUUAGACAUCCAAACAAUUACAAUGUGCUUUGCUAGUGCAAACAGCUGUCUGGACCCCAUCAUUUAUUAUUUUGUUUUGAGAGCCUUUAAGAAACGAAAGGAUGACAAUUUGGAGCUGAGAACACUGCGAACCUCUGUGUUACAGAGGUAAGAUGUGUUUGCUUGAAAUCCAAGGCAGCUAUUGGCACAAUCAAGAGGAAAAGAAGAUAAUACAGAGGACGUCAUCUUCAAAAACAACAUAGACUGGAUGUAACACAACACCUAAAAGCUGAACUGCGGUGAGAGAACAAAAGACUUUAUUCAUACUGUGUCACUGAAACAUAAAAGAGGAGCUACCUGCCCUUAGCUUCUGGUUUCAAUGGGUCUUAAAAAUUAGAAAUCUGCAUGAGAUCUGCGCAAAGUAAGUGUCAGAAACUGAAGCUGUCACCACCCAAAACUAGGUCUUGUUCUUAUAACUCAUACUUCCUUUUUGUGGUUGACCUUAGUAAGAAAUGCAGAAUGUCUCUCAAUCAUUAUAAUGUUUUUAAAAAACUUUUUUAUCACUGUGGAAAGAAAACAGAGCCAAGCAUUUCUGAGAUUAUUUCAGAGGUCAUCUCAUGUAUGAACAAUGAUGCAAGAGUCCAGACAGAAAUCCUGUGUAGGUUUAAAACAAUUUUGGUUAUUUUAAAAAUAAUUGAAGCUUGGAAGUUCACAACAAUUCAAAACAGUACUUAAAACAGUAAGCCAGCAGCCAUAUCACCCUGCAACUCACAGCUGUCAGCCCACUGGAGCUCAACAGGUGUGA